AUGCUUGCCGAUUUUGAGAGUGUUUUACGCACCAACUUUUCGCUUGAUGACUGCCCUCGCAUAGGACCCUUUACCUGGCAGAAUGUACCAGGCUUGGAUGGGUUGAAUAAAGAAGAUGAGUGGGACACACAGACGCUCAGCUCGUAUAGUUUCCUUGGAACUGACUUAAGGUGCAACGACGACUUCAGUGUGAUCCCUGCAACUGGUGAAAAGCUAACGGAAGAUCCACUUAACACCUUAAAUCGCCUUCAAACAGAUAUGCGCACGUGGAAACUCAUGAGGCCUUGUCCGGUCCCGCGCAGUAUUCCGAAGAUCGAUAUGAAGAAGGGCACCACAACACUGGGAUUUCAUUUUGACGGUGGCAUAAUAAUUGCCGUGGAUUCCCGCGCGUCUUCGGGACAGUACAUAUCCUCCCAAACCGUAAUGAAAGUACUUGAAAUUAAUGAGUACCUUUUGGGAACAAUGGCGGGCGGGGCGGCUGAUUGCCAAUAUUGGGAACGUGUAUUAGGUAUGGAGUGUCGUUUGUGGGAACUAAGAAAUAACUGCCGCAUCUCAGUAGCAGCCGCAAGCAAAAUACUGGCAAAUAUCACGUAUUCAUACCGCAACCAUGGACUCUCCAUGGGCACCAUGGUGGCGGGCUGGGACCAAUUUGGACCCUCUCUGUAUUAUGUGGACGAUAAAGGCACACGUGUGAAGCAUGAACUGUUCAGUGUGGGCUCAGGUUCCAUCUAUGCGUAUGGUGUCCUUGACCAGGGUUACCGCAAGGAUCUCACUGUUGAGCAAGCAUGCGAUCUUGCACGUCGUUCCAUUUUCCACGCAACUUACAGAGAUGGCGCCUCAGGCGGUAUUGUUACUGUCUAUCAUGUCCACCAGGGUGGAUGGACGCGUAUUUCGCGUGACGAUCAGACCAAACUAUAUGAUCUCUAUGUGGUGUAG